UUUAUAAGAAAUAAUAAAUCCAGUUAUAUCGAUACGAGUAUAAAAUAUGAUAAUAUUGACUUAUAAUUAACUAACAUACUUGCAAGGAAUUAAAAUUAUGUCUCUUAAAAUUUGCAAAGUGAGCUCAUAAACAUACGAGUAAUACACAUGCACCUGAUAAUGUACACACCCAAUUAGGUGUCCACUAAACAUUUUUGUAACCAUAUAUACUAUUAAGGUGGUAUAUACAUAGACUAAGUCAAUAUUCCAACGUCAAUGCCAACCACAGUCUCAGCCACCACAACCGCCUCCACACCCUCCGCCUCCACACCCUCCGCUACCACAUCCACCUCCACCGUCCCCAUGUCCACCGUGCCCAUGUCCUCCGCCCCCAUGUCCACCGUGCCCAUGUCCUCCGUCCCCAUGUCCACCGAUCCCAUGUCCUCCGUCCCCAUGUCCACCGUGCCCAUGUCCACCGUGCCCAUGUCCUCCGUCACCACCACCACUGUCACGUCCACCACUGCCCCUUCCAUGAUGACCAUGAUCUCCAGUUGAAGUGGUGUGAGCAGGAGUUGUUGAUAUAGCCGUAGUCAUGUAAACCAUGUUACCAUCUUUGACACCAUCACCUCUGAAUUUGGCGGCACUAGCUUUAGAAGUAUGGAUGGCUUGAAAUCCUCCACUCUUUUUGUUUGUGUUAUCGAUUCUUUUCUUUCCAUGCCGUGAGCACAAA